AUGAGUACUUCGUGGAUAAACUACGUGUAUAAACAGUUCACUGGGGAAGAAGACAAUGAACGCGCAACCAACUCAUUAGAUGUCCUCUCUAAAGCCAAUAUCUGGUUCACAGAUCUUCCUACAAAUAGCUUAGGUCCGAUUGAGGAAUCAUUCGGGGCGCGCAAGAUGACUAAAAAGGUAGGUGCCUAACUUACACUUCUUUUCUUUUAAUACAUUAUUUGAAGACUGUUUAGAGUUGAGGAGACUGAUGGGACAAUAUGUCAAUCAGUUUUUAAGUUUAGGACUUUGCCUUUUCUUUCUCUCUUUAUUUUUUACUCUAUCUUGAGAUGAAUCAAGCGCGCGGAAAUGCUCUUCAACUACGACGCACCGAUUUCGUUUUCUUUUGAACAACGUUAUUGAAGGAAAAAGUUGAAAAAAUUUCUCCCAUCUAUAACAAGUAAACAAAACAGGCUCUAAAGGUUAGUUUGGCGAUCAUUUUGUUAUGAAGAGUAUUUAACCAUUUAAGAAGUCAGACUAAAUUAUAGCUGAUUUUGCAACACACCCAAUCUUUGUUCUUUGAAAACUCAAAUUUCAGUUAUUGUGUGUUAUGCGCCUUCGCGGAGUUCUCAUGGUCGGCGUGCUUUAAAACGUCCUGGCUCGAUAUGUUAUGUUAUAAUAUUAUAUGUUACAAUGUUUUGUAUAUAAAAACGUCAAAUGUACUUAAUCUUAUUGAACUAGGGUAAGAAGGAUAAAGAAUUGGAGGAAAAGAUGGCAGUCCUUGAACAACAAUACCAAGGUAAGAUAUCUUUUUUUUCCAACUUUAAUCCAGGCUGGUGGUCGAUGCAGACCAACGCAAUAGUAAGUGGGCGAAGAAAACGCUGGAAACAGCAGAGAUUGUUCCUCAUAUUUCUUAGCCCAACUCUCGCCGUUUUUGGACAACUCCUCCCCCCCCCCCACGCCUUUUUGCCUCCACUGACUGAGAACUCAUUAAAGGUAAUUGCUCUCAACAAAGAGAAUAAUCAUCCAAUAUGCAGGCCUUUGUCAGUUUUUGUCGUCAAAUCCGCAAUAAAAUAAAGUGAUGAAGGUGUAUAACUAUCGAUUAUUUGAAAGCUUAGUCACUUGCGGACUGAAACACAUCAAGGUAUUCGUGAAUGAUAUGCUGGUUACAUUGAAACAACUGAUCUGUCAUUAAAUAAGACUGACCGAGUCACCGACUGACCGACUGACCGACUGACCAAGUGACUGACUCAGUAACUGCCUGACUGACCGAGUCACUGCUUGACUGACUGAUCAAGUGACUGACUGAGUAACUGAAUGACUGACCGAGUGACUGACCGAUCGACUGACUGACCAAGUGACUGAGUAAAUGAAUGACUGACCGAGUGACUGACCGAUCGUCUGACUGACUGACUGACUGACCAACCAAUAUAUGGUUUGACUUAUCGACCGGAUGACUGAAGAAAGGACCACGUUUAUUGACUGUCUGUUUGUUUGUCUGUCUGUCUGUCUGUCUGUCUUUCUGUCUGUCCGUCUCUCUGUCUGUCUGUCUUUCUGUCUGUCUGUCUAUUCAGCCGUGAUCCCCGAUUGGUAUGACGUGUGAGACGUCAGAGCUUAGUCAGUUGACUAUUGGCUCAUUGCUUAUACUGACCAUCUAACUUUCUAAAGCAUAUCAGAGCACCAUUCCCUGAAUUCGGUUAGCUUUAGAGAAUCUAAGACAAUCAUACUUUCAGAGGAUAUUUGAGACAAAAAAUGCGGUUAUUCACCACUGAGCUAAGCUUUUAUAACUACAUUAGAGAGAGAGAAAGAACUCCUAAAAAGGAACUCUGCCUUGGAAAAUCAACUGAAAGAAUCACGUGACAAAAUGGACGAUCUACGCAUUCAGUAUGAAAAAGAAAACGAGUCUCUCCAGACUGAAAUUAAAGACUUGAAGGACACUCUACUUAGGAGAGAAAAGUGUCAUACAAGACAAAAAGAUCUUUUCAAAAAGAUGGCAGCUAAUGCCCAGAGUGAAGUGGACAAAGCUCGGGCGGUCAUUUCAAAUCUCUCUGAAGGGAUGAAGGCCUGUGAAGGUAAGUCUUAUGCAUAAGGUAAACUAUUCAUUCAUUUUUUUCUCAUUACAAAACUGAUCAUAAAACGUGCUUAUGAACUAAAUAUUGUUGCGUUCAAUCAAAAGUUUGGUAGAUAAGCACAGAUAAGCAAAAAAAACGUUACAAAUGACUAAACAACAACCCGUAAAAAGAUAUUUAAUACUUAAAAAAACACAAGGUUAAAACUUCCUCCACAUAAUAUGUAGUCAUUUACAACGUACGAUAUAGGACAAAAUGGUUGGGACACAGUCGGUUCCACCCCUCCCUGAUCUUCCCACAAACAAUUAGGAGCCAACUGAUUCCUCAGUCGGUUCUAAAUUGUUGAUCGGUGACCCACACGUUGGCUUUAGAAAGGACAUCCAAUGAACUGAAUGCUCGUUCACUUCUUGUACAAGCACACUACAGGCGAAGAAGACAACUUCUCCAGUAAUCUGUUUGUACCAGAAGUUUAGAACUCCACCUGACUUUUAUGAUAUCCAAAAACUACUCAUGUUUACACCCGUAGCUAUAAUCAUUUCAUUCGAAAUCGCAAAUCUUUCCUGUCUGAGCAGUUAUUAUAGUUGCGCGCGGUAAACAGAUGGCGUAGUCACGGUGUCGUAGCAUGAUUAUUUAAUCACAUCAUGAGGACAAGCGAGAAACCUGGGUGGCAGCCAUGAAGGUUGCAUCCCAGAAUUAAAUUUGCUUGACUUAAACUUAACCUAAGCAAAAUCAUGUUUUAAAAACAUCAUUCUUGAAAGCCAUCUCUGAGUUAAACUAUUUACAUUUUAUAUGAUCAAAACGGUGGCGAACACCCAGCACUCCUUGGACAAUCCUUGUCCAGGAAAUGAAGCUAUUUGCGUCUAUUUUGUGAACGUUAACAUUUGGAAGAUCGUUAGAGAAUGUGCAAAGAAGAAGAGGAAGCGAAGGAGUCAAUAAAAUGGAAAUAUAGAAAUGCAAUUGAUCUCUGAUGAGCUAAGCCUUUACAAUCACCAGGAACUGAGAUAAAGAAUUAUUAAAAAUGAUCAACUCUUCCUUGCGUGGUCAACUAAAGAAGAUUCCAUUGAGCUGAAAGAGAAAAUAAAAAGUGAUUGAACAAACUGAAGAAAUCUUCAUUCGACGUCAAAUCUUUCUCUGUUGGACUUGGCUUUCACUGGGGGGAGAUGUGGUUUAUUUUUGGAAAUACGAAAUUAAUCAAAUAUACGAUUUUAGGAAAACGCGAAGGAUGUGGCUGAAAACAAUCGGAGAUAUUUCAACGUGAGCGACGUUUGUAUUUCCUCUGCGGAGCUUUUAAAUUCUGUGCCUGACUACUAGUAAUAAUUAAAUGUCUUACUUACUAAAUGGCGUUGUAAUAUUCCUGUAUUUUUUGUUCAUUUCAGCGACUCUUUCUGCAUCAAAGGAGACAAUCAGUGAGAAAGAUCAAAAAAUUCAACGGCUUACAUCUCAGCUAAACAAAUAUGAAGAUCUCCUUAAAAAAUUAACGGUUGAUACGAGAAAUUAUCACAAGAGCCUGCAGAAAGCUGCAGACGAUGUUGACAAAAUCAGUGAAAGACUGGAGGUUUCUCUAGGUAUGUGUAACAUAGCGGGUUAAUAUUUGGCAACACAAAAUCAAGCAAAACACGAUUUUUAACAAAGGUAGCUGGUAAUUUAUUUUGUUGCGUCCAUCAAAAAAAAAAAGAAAGAAAGAAAAUCCAGACAAACAGAAUUGUUAACCAAGAACACUUGCCCUGAGAACCAAAUUGCUGAAAUGGAAGAAACCGUUUUUUCCAUGUUAACUAUUUGGUCCUCAUGGCGGUGGCUGAUGCCGAAGAAAAAAAAUGUAGGAAUUCGCUUUUUACCAGUUGAAAAAGCGUUUUCUGUUCUUUAAGUUUGAUUUAUUUGUUUUAUUGCCAUUUUCAGCCGUUAAGGAGAAACUGUUGAGGAAAAACAGAUGCCUCGAGGAAAAAGUUGUCAUUAUGGAAGAAACAAUGACUAAUGCCGAAGCAAAAGUGAAGGAAUCGUCAGGUGACUUUUUUUUCGUUUUUAGUACUUCCUGAAGUAAUUUAAACUAUCUGUUUUAAUGACAUUUUUCAGCCGAUAAGUCCGAAUUAUUAACGAAGAACGCUUGCCUUGAGGACCAAAUUUCUGAAAUGGAAGAGACUGUUUCUUCCAUGUUAACAGUUUUGUCCUCAAGGCGGUGGCUAAUACCGAAGCAAACAUGGACGAAUUGUUCGGUGACAAUUUAUUUCGCUCUUUACUACUCGAAAGAGUGUCUUCUGUUCUUGAAGUUUGAAUGAUUUAUUUUCUUUCUCUUUGCAGAAGUCUACUCUAAGUUCGUUGAGAAGAUCAGUUUCCUUCAGGAUGAGGACAAAAAGAUGCAGCUUGAUCUUCAAGAAAGAAGAAACAAGGAGAGGCUAAACGACAAAAUGGGUAUGAUGAACCAAUUAAAGGAAAAUCUGAAAACAAAACGUACUGAUGUGACAGUAGAAAUACUAGGUUCGUGAAGCGAUCUUAUGAAUAGAUAAACAUAGCAUAACUUCAUUAAUGAGACAUGAGAUAUUUUCCGCGUGCCAUUGGUUUUAACGCGACUGAGUUAAAGUGAUGAAUAUCUCUUGGUGUUACGAGGUGGUGGUACCAAAUUUUAAGAGAACGUCCAAUGCAAUGAAGGUCGUUCUAUAACUGUUGAUUCAAUCAGAACGUUUUUGUCCUUGACACUAAUAAGGGGAUGAGCUUAUUUGUUGACAAAAUUGCUUUAAAAUUUCAACCCACGUUUUAUAAAGUGAGCUGUUGGUAAACCCUUUGUGUCGUGUAUUUCAAAAAUAUAUUGAAGAAUAAGAAACGAGAAAGUCUCUAUUAGGCUUAAAAAUAUGAAGGUAUAUUUUUCCUUCCAGUGACAAUAUCUAAAACUCACAGUCUUCCUCAAAAUUUGCUUGUAGCCUGAAUAUUUGCCCUUUGUAAUGGAUGAUAUCCGUGAACUAAUAUUCUGGUGCAUUUUCGCACCAAAUAGAGGAUGAGAUUUAUAGCGGAGCUCGCAGAGCGUAGCCCCAUAAUUAUACAAAAUAGUAGUAACCCAUCAAGCCGAAAAAAUUUGGAUGUUCGACCGCACCACCGUAAGACCGCACAACCUUACGACCGUACGACCGAAGAAGGUGCUACUUUUAACAUGCGUGGUCAACUGUACCGCGGGCACGUCAACGCCACAGCUUUGUUCAGUAGUCCAGUGGUCUGUGCUCUGGGCUCCGAGUCGGACGCCCCGGGUUUUAGUCCUGGCCGAGGCAAGGCGUUGUGCCCUUGAGACGUGCGGGAAAAAAAUGCGAGCUUCGCUUUUAGGCUUGGCUAAAUCUAUAUAUCAUAAUUCAUAAACUGGUACGUGUGGAACAGACUCCGAUGAACAUAUGGGCAUAUUCGAUGUUGGAAGGGAAGUUGUUGCAUACGAUGUCUGUCAAAACUUAAAGAAGGGGUUUGUGUCAGAAAUAUAUCCAAGUUUUAAUACGUUCAAUUUUUUUUUCUCUAGCCGGUGUCUACGACGACCUGCAACCUACAGAGCUCAAUGUGAAAAGCGGGGACUGUUUUCUCCCAGAACAAAAGAGUACUGUGCUUAUAAAAGAGACAGAAACGCCUAAUGGCGAUGAAGCAAAUGUAAAGAAGACAUUAAAAGGUGUUGAUAAUUUAACAUUGUUGUAAUUGUAGUAACUUGUACUUCAAUUAUUACGUAAGAUAUCAUUGACGCCUCUUAUCUCUUGUGGGGAGGGGGAGAGGGGGGGGAGGGAGUGGGAUGAGAACGUUUUCAGCAUAGACUAGUCAAGUAUUUAUUGAGUGAAAAUGUUACAGGAUUAUUUAAUUUCUUGUCAUUUCAGUUAAAGAGAACAGGGAGCCUCGCCCGUCAAUGUUAUCAUCUGCAGCCAGAGUCUCAACGAGUGGAACUUUAGUGCAGGACACCUGUCUGAGAAAAAGGCAUAAAAGUGAUCAAUGCAAGGGAUUCAGUUGCGAAAGCAAAACAGCUGAUCCGUUGUCCACGCCUACCGCAGGUAAGAGCAGUGAAACACAUUACCAAAAAAUAAACGAAGAAACAAAGCAAAUGAGAAACGGGUUUUGUAAAAAUCUACUAAUCUCAUUGGCGUCUCUUUCAGACAAAGGUGGCCCCAUCAGGCACCAUCAAUCACCCAUCCCUCCCAUAUUUGCACGACUAUCUACAUCUGAAGUAGGCCGAGCUAAAAAGGAUGACGACUGGCUGGUUAGGAAACAAGGAAACUUUCUACCUUUCUCCCAAAAGGGUAAGUGA